CAGUUGUUCCUGUGGAUGAUGCGCUACAUUAGCACUGGGCUGCUCUUCUUCAUCGGUCUCAAAGCUCCAGGGUUGCCAAGGAGACCUUACAUGCUACUGAUAAAUGAAGAUGAGCGUGACGUAGAAAACGGUAGACAGAGCCUGUUGGGAAGAUCAGAGGAGAACCAGUCCACCUGGAAGGGUUUUUGGAAGAAGGUCCGUCUGCUUGUUCCCUACAUGUGGCCGCAAGGCAACAAGUUUCUCCAGCUGCUGGUCCUCUUCUGUUUGGGGCUGCUGGGAGUGGAGAGGGCUAUUAACGUCUUUGUACCCAUUUACUACAAGAAUAUUGUGAAUGAACUGACUGAUGGCAGCAGCUGGCACACUGUAGCCGUUACAGUGUGUAUUUAUGUCCUGCUUAAGUUCAUGCAGGGUGGAGGAGCAGGUUCCUCUGGAUUUGUCAGUAACAUGCGCUCUUUCUUCUGGAUCCGCGUGCAGCAGUACACCAAUCGACUGGUUCAAGUCAAUCUGUUUGGCCACCUGCACUCCCUCUCUCUGCGCUGGCAUCUGAGCCGCAAAACUGGUGAAGUACUGAGAAGUAUUGAUCGUGGCACAGCUUCCAUUAAUAGCUUGCUCAGCUACAUAGUGUUCAGCAUCUUUCCAACCAUUGCUGAUAUUAUCAUCGCCAUCAUCUACUUCAGCGCUCUUUUCAAUGCCUGGUUUGGCCUUAUUGUCUUCAUCUGCAUGACCCUGUAUCUCACCUUGACGAUCAUCAUCACUGAAUGGAGAACCAAGUACAGACGAGAAAUGAAUCAGAUGGAUAACACUGCCAAGUCCAGGGCUGUGGACUCCUUGUUAAACUUUGAGACGGUAAAAUACUACAAUGCAGAGAACUAUGAGGUCGGCCGGUUUGAGGGUGCAAUCUUAAAAUAUCAGGAAUCAGAGUAUAAAACCCAGGCAUCUCUGGCCUUACUCAAUCAAACACAGAAUGCCAUCAUUGGAGCAGGACUGCUGGCUGGUUCCUUGCUCUGUGCAUACUUUGUCACAGAGGGAAAGUUUCUGGUCGGGGAUUAUGUUCUCUUCGGUACCUACAUCAUCCAGCUGUACACCCCACUCAACUGGUUUGGGACAUACUACAGAAUGAUCCAGACUUCCUUUAUUGACAUGGAAAACAUGUUCCAACUUUUUGAAGAAGAUCAAGAGGUGAAGGAUGAAGUAAAUGCAGGAAGCCUUCUCUUUAAACUGGGGAAAGUGGAGUUUGAAAACGUUUACUUCAGCUACACAAACGGCAAGGAGAUUCUCAGGGAUGUGUCCUUCACAGUUCUUCCAGGACAGACAGUUGCACUGGUUGGGCCGUCGGGAUCUGGGAAAAGCACAAUCAUUCGACUGCUUUUCCGUUUCUAUGAUGUUCAGGGAGGCUGCAUUCGCAUUGAUGGCCAGGAUAUAUCAAAGGUGAAACAAACAUCUCUGCGAUCUCAUAUCGGCGUGGUUCCCCAGGAUACCGUGCUGUUCAACGACACCAUCCGGGAGAACAUUCGCUACGGUCGCACCACUGCUAAUGACCAGGAGGUGGAGGAGGCUGCACUCGCUGCUGAUAUCCAUGACAAAAUCAUGACCUUCCCUGAUGGUUAUGAUACCCAGGUGGGGGAAAGAGGACUGAAGCUGAGUGGAGGAGAGAAGCAGAGGGUGGCUAUCGCCAGAACUAUCCUCAAAGCACCACAAAUCAUCCUGCUGGAUGAGGCCACAUCUGCCCUGGACACACAGACAGAACGUAACAUCCAGGCCUCUCUGGCCAAAGUCUGUGCCAAUCGUACUACAGUGGUUGUAGCUCACAGGUUGUCCACCAUCAUCGCAGCAGACCAGAUCCUGGUUGUCAAUGAAGGGCGGAUUGCUGAGCGUGGACGACACGAGGAAUUGCUACAAAAAGGAGGUUUGUAUGCAGACAUGUGGUUGAAGCAACAACAGGCUCAGGACUCAGAUUCAUCAUCAGACACUGAAACCAAAGAUCGCCAGUCUGAGAAACUGCAGCCACCAUCGACCUCCUCAGGACACCACGGGCACUGAAUGUAUUUGCUUUAAGAAAAAUCUUUUUGUAUUCUUUGUUAUGGUUGUAAACGGGGCAAUGUGGCGAAUUUAAAUGUUUUGAACACUCUGCAAGGUGAAAGUGUUAUUUAUUGCUAGAUUUUCUAAAGUGAAUGUGCAAUGACAGGUCAGGGUAAGGUGCCUAAUGAAACUGAAGAGGUAUUCACACCUUUUAGACUUUAUAUCCAAUAGUUGUGAUUCUAGCCACGGUUUUGAUGCCAGGAGUUAACAAAAGAUCUAAAACUAAAAAGAAUUAGCACAGGAGAAGAGACAGAUGAUACUAUGUGCUCACAAACUAAACAUAAUGGGGACCUGCUGUGCUUUUUCUCUCAUAGAUGUACUGUUACAUGUGCAGAUGCUCAUUUAAAGACCGCCAAAGAUCCAAAAAGAUCAGUUUAUGUAUAAUUAUUCCUGUGAGCCAGAUGUUCAGGUUGCAGACUGCUCAAAUUCACAAUUUGAGACUUUUGUUUUUUUCUUGUUGUGACUCUCUAUGAUGUCAAAGAGAGGGGAAAUCCCUAAUUAUCUCAGUCACACAACUCUCACAGUAAGCACUGAAACCCCACCCACCUGCUCCACCUGCUGGGCAGAGGAAAGUUAGACUAAAGAGUUGGACUAUUGGAGCUAUUAGAGUCUUAGAAUACAAAUAUGGAGGUGCAAGAAAAGCAUAAUGGGUCCCCUUUGAAUAAAAUGUGGUGGUGGUGGGGGGGUUCCCGUCUUUCCUCCACCUCUCUACCAAGUUUCAUGAAAAACCAGCUUAUUAGUUUUUAUUGUUAAUGAGAAAGAAGCUAUGGGGGUUGUAUAUUUCUGCUUCUGCUGUGGAGCAAUAAUAUGACCUGAGACACAUGAAAAGUAAAAUCAGUCUUGACUCUGUAUCUUGGUGUGCUCAGACUGUUAAUUCUGAAUUCUGCUGAGUACUAUAUGCUUAAGAAUAGAAUGGUGUUAAUGUCAUCAGGGAUUUUGUUUUGUUAUUUAAAGUUUUGUUAGCUGAAUUUUGAGCUGUAUGUAUUUGUACAUUCUUGGAGCAGGAGAGAGGAGCUGGUAGUGCAUAAAUAUAUAUCUCCAUGUUUAUGCUAGUAAAAUAAUGGGCAUUCAUCAUCAUUUUCUGUGUGACACUGACAAAAAUAUAUAUUUUUUUCAUUUU